AAUUGCUCAAAAACAUUUGUUUGCUGAUGAUGAUUUACAUUUUAUCCCUCGUAAAAGGGCCAAUAUUAAGGUCCCUUUGUCUCAGCUCUAUAUCUAUCCGGAUAUCGAGGGAUGUCUUCAUGAAGUUAUUUACACAUUGGGCCAAAAACUUGUCACGUUGAAAGCCAAUCUUAAUGAGCCUGCGAGAAUAUUUCCUUUUGUUCUAGAUUCCUUUCAAAGACGAGCUAUCAUGUGCAUUGAUAAUUAUCAAUCAGUUCUUGUUUCGGCCCACACAUCUGCAGGAAAGACUGUUGUUGCUGAGUACGCCAUUGCAAUAUCUCUCCGUGAACAUCAGCGUGUAAUCUACACCACUCCAAUUAAAGCCCUCAGCAAUCAAAAGUUUAGAGAGUUUUCUGAAGAAUUUAAAGAUGUUGGCUUAAUGACCGGUGAUGUCACAAUCAAUCCAGAAGCUAGUGUCCUCAUUAUGACAACUGAGAUCCUUCGUUCAAUGCUUUACAAGUCUGAUUAUUUUUUCAUAUUCUUGGGUUCUGAUGUAACUCGUGAAGUCGGAUGGGUUAUAUUUGAUGAAGUUCACUACAUGCGAGAGAAGGAACGUGGAGUAGUUUGGGAAGAAUCUAUGAUA